GGAGUGGGACUCGCGAGAAAUCUCGCAGGUGCAGCAGCAGCAUAGCGAAUGAAUGAAAGAUAAGUAUUGUGUUAGUCAAUAAUCGAUGGUCACGAGGGUUUCAGGCUUUGGCAACGCCAUAGCUCCAAAUCCCUUCACAAUAUUCUUCUUCUUUGCUAAUUGCUAGUGAUGAAGGACAUGGAAUCUACUAAAUGGCUCCAACCAUCAAUCGCCAUCUUCCUCUCAUUCUUGAUCGCCACUCGUGCUUACAAAAGAAAGUCUCUCAGCCUUUCUGGGGCGAUUUCGGGUUUCGUCGUUAUGGCCAUUCACAUUUCCAUUGGAUACAGAUUUGGGGCUAUGCUGCUUGUGUUCUUUUUCACUUCGUCUAAGCUCACGAAGAUGGGAGAAGAUAAGAAGCGAAAAGUUGACCCUGAAUUCAAAGAAGGCGGACAAAGGAAUUGGAUACAAGUUAUAUCAAAUAGUGGCAUUGCCACAGUUUUGGUCAUAAUUGUAUGGAAAUUGACAGAAGGGCAAGAUAAAUGCUUAAAUUCUAGAGACUCUGCUCUGAUCACCUCUCUUAUUGGUGGCAUCAUAGGCCAUUAUUCCUGCUGCAAUGGAGACACUUGGUCUUCUGAGCUUGGAAUUCUAAGUAAGGAUCAACCUCGCCUAAUCACAACCUUUAAGCCUGUUCGGAGAGGUACAAAUGGUGGUGUGACAAAAGCAGGACUUCUAGCAGCUGCAGCUGCAGGGAUUGUCAUUGGACUGUCGUUCGUUCUUCUGGGACUUCUAACAGUCAGAUGUGAUUCUGAUGUGGCCCUUAAGCAACUACUGGUCAUACCUAUCUCCUCCCUGGCAGGCCUUGGUGGAAGUGUAAUUGACUCCCUAUUGGGUGCAACAUUGCAAUUCAGUGGAUUCUGCACUGUUCGCAAUAAGGUUGUUGGAAAGCGAGGACCAACAGUUAAAAAGAUCUCUGGUCUCAGUAUUCUUGACAAUAAUGCGGUGAACCUUGUCUCCAUACUGUUGACCUCAAUUUUAACUUCGAUUGUUUGUUUGUACACCUUCUGAACUCAUUGGUACGUAUUGGGCUAGUAUUCAAUCAUAUAUCUGGCAAGUAGUUGUUUAUAACAAAUCCCAAAAUUCAUGUGCUUCCCCGCUUUAAUUUUGUUGUUGGCCCUCUCAAUCCUAAGAUGGAUUGAAAGUAGGAACCUUGCACUUGAAAGGUUGUUUUAGUUUUGAAAUUAUGUUGAUCUCAUCCUGAUGAGUUUGACUGCGAAGACUAAAGUACUCAUUUGACACUUUUUCACAGUU